GCCCCCUCCCCGCAGAUUUCAGGGCCACCCCCAGCCUGCCCCGUGCCCCCGCAGGAUCCGGCCUCGGAGCCAGCGCCGCCGUCACCAUGGGCAACAUCUUCGGGAACCUGCUCAAGAGCCUGAUUGGGAAGAAGGAGAUGCGGAUCCUGAUGGUGGGGCUGGACGCCGCCGGGAAGACCACCAUCCUCUACAAGCUCAAACUGGGGGAGAUCGUCACCACCAUCCCCACCAUCGGCUUCAACGUGGAGACGGUGGAGUACAAGAACAUCAGCUUCACCGUGUGGGACGUGGGUGGGCAGGACAAGAUCCGGCCCCUCUGGAGGCAUUACUUCCAAAACACCCAGGGGCUGAUCUUCGUGGUGGACAGCAACGACCGGGAGCGGGUGAACGAGGCGCGGGAGGAGCUGAUGCGGAUGCUGGCGGAGGAUGAGCUGCGGGACGCCGUCCUGCUCGUCUUCGCCAACAAGCAGGACCUGCCCAACGCCAUGAACGCGGCGGAGAUCACGGACAAGCUGGGGCUGCACUCCCUGCGCCACCGUAACUGGUACAUCCAGGCCACCUGUGCCACCAGCGGGGACGGGCUCUACGAGGGCCUCGACUGGCUCGCCAACCAGCUCAAGAACAAAAAGUGAGGGGGGGCCACCCCGUGCCCCCCCGGGCCCCCCCCCCCCGGGCCCCCGCCGGGCCCCCCCCCGGCCGCCCCCUCCCCGCCCCGGCUGGGUUUUGCUUUCUUCUGGCACCGGUUGCUGUGGGGUUUUUCGCCUUUUUCGGGGUCCCCCCUGGUUCCCCUCGGAUCUCGUGUGUGCGUGCGUGGAAUUAGAGCUCUAUAUAACGCCCGGGGGGGGCGGGGGCAGAGCCCCAGGAGAGGAGGGGGGGGGGAUGGGGGCUGGGGGAGUCCCCUUGGCGCUGCCCUGACCGGGGGGGGGCCAGGGACACCCCGUCCCCAUGCAUGUCCCUGCACCCCUCGCCUUCCUCUGGACCAAAUGCGGGGGCAGCGGGGCCGUGGCGGGGGGGGAUUCGGGACCAUACCCCCCCCUCCUCCCUCCCAGCACCCCCUCCUGGCCCUGAGUGCCCCCCCCCGGGGGUCCCACACGUCCCCGGCCCCCCCCAUGUCACUUCGAGGCAGGUCUCCUCCCCGCAGCGCGACCCUAAUGGAGGAGGGGGGGGGACACGAGGCUGCCGGG